CAGCAUUCAAGCGUCACAGGCGCGAUCCAACAAACUCCCGAGCCGCAUCUCGACACAUGCCAGACCAUACAUAAUUUCACUUUUACAAUGGGCGAUUAGUUCCCAAACCGCGCAUACGCAACACCUCGAGGUUGUGUGCAUACGCCUUCCGUUUAGUUACUUUCUUUUGUCGCCAGCCCGACCAGCACCGGUGCUGUGCUCUCCGCUUGCGCCUCCCGGACCGACCCGGGUCGUCGGGUUGCGGUCGUGUGUGUCCACGACAAUACAUAUACAGCCGUCCACAGUAGUCAACUUCAAUGAUCAAUCAUGGACACCGCGGCUCUCCCAAAAACCGUGGCGCUCACCGCCCCUCGGGCCCUGGGAAACGUGAGUGCCUGGCGCAACUUCACAUUAUGGACGGCUCAGCACUUCGGACGCGCAGUGAAUGUGUCCCGCCUGGCGCCGUCGCUCGAGGACCUUGUGUGGGCGGGGCCUCGCAUGGUCAUGAAGCUCGGCAGACUGGGCUCCUUCAUCUCGUUUCCCGACGCCAUUGACGGCUUCGGCCAGCGAGUCGUGCCCGAUCCUACCGAUGCCGACCAUCUCCUCUUCUCCGCCACCGUGGGGCCUGCGGGUGAGGUUGUCGAAGUCCUCACCGAAUCCUCCGCGCCUGCUUCUUCCGUCCCCAUGUCCGCCGCCUCUGCUGCCGCUGCCGGCGCCGCUUCCACCGCCUCCCAGGAUCCAAACGCCUUCGUAUCGCGAUUCUCGAUGGAGGGCGCAAGGGGCCUAGGAGGUGUCCUGAGUUACGCGACUAGCAAAUGGGCGCUGUGCUGCAUUGCCAUGGCCGUCAUCCUCAACCGUACCCAUAUUUUCGCUGCCACCCGUCGGCGGCUCCGGCUUCGAUGGCCCAUCCGUCUGCUCAUGCGCAUCGGCCCCAUCUUGCUCCUUCUCUUCCAAGCCCGCAGGCUGCUGCAAUCGAUCCAAUGCCAGACCUCUGCCGACUUUGCCGAGCUGCGAUGGGCCAACGCAAGCAAGAGUUCCGACCUCAUGUUUUCGCAGAAGAAUGGCUUCCUCCACGGGCUGAGCUCGUCCCUCUUACUCGGCGCAACUGACGAGCAGUCCUGCCGCUCCGUGAAGAUGAUCCCGUGGGACGACCGGGAACAGUCUGAAUUGGUUGGCUCCCUUUCCCGGCUUUGGCCGCUGUUUGGAACGCUCUGUCUCAGCCAGUUCAUCGAGGUGCUCUCUUGCGCAGUCCAGGGCCGUCCGGUGGCUGCCCAGACGGGGAUGACGCUGUUCGAGCACUCUUUGGCCUUUGCCGAGGCGGAGGCUGCUAUCGGUAACCAGCUGGGAUGGGGUCUCUUCAGCAACGUCACUGCCACCUCUCAAGCGGCGCUCGGCUCCAAGAUUGCGCUUACUAGGUCCAUGAUUAUGGGGCGGGUAAACACGCCCCCGGAGGUCCUCCUGGUUGCCUUCUUCUCCGCCAUGAGCCAUGCGACAAGCCACAUCCUCGGCGUUUUCAACCUGCAACCAAAGCUCCGCCUUGUCAGCACCGGCUUCUGGGGCCUUUGCUUCAUGGCGAGCAUCUUUUGGAGCGCCCUGACCUUCUCCGUCGACGACCCGUCAGCUCAAGGGCUGUUGAGAUUCCCGACCGUCUGCAUAAUUGGCUUCAUCCCCCACAUCCUCAUCUUGUUGGGCAUCUAUGCCUGCGGACUGGUUUAUGCCGCGGCUCUCACCCUGUCAGCCAUCGCUACACCUGAAGGAUCCACCGGAAGCGAGCGGCUCAGUCUACGGCAACGCCUUGUCCGUGCUCACGCCAACAUGCAAGCCAACGUAUCGCUCUCCGAUAUCCGUAUCCGGAUGGAUAUGGACUUCUACACUGCUCUUCUCCGCGCCGGCUUCGGUGCCAUAACCAUGGCGAGCGAGGCCGUCUACCUCAACGAGGACCACCAAGUGAACUUGAAACAAUACACCUGGCUGGAGGAUGAUAGAUUUCGCGAGCUGGAGGAGCUCAGGAUGCAGUGGAUUGGCGGUGGAGUCCCGGGUUCCCGAUUUGAUUCAGUGGGGACGAUCGGCCUCGUUCCCGUCAAGGAUGUCAAGGACGGGCAGCUAAAUCCUAUGAGCGGCUACGCGAGGGAGAAAGCUGCACAGCAAAUCCCCAAGACCGCCGUAUCCGGAAGGAGGGCUCGGGACGGCGUGGGCGCCGCGGAGCGGAGCUCCAGGUGGCUAGUAGCUUUCGACUACGUGCUGCAUAUCGGCAGGCUAGCUCUGGUCGUCUGGGCGCUGUUCACAAUCAGAGCCAUGGCGAUUCUUGGCUUGCGUACGCCCCCUCGGUGGCUACGAGGGCUGUCGCAGAGACCCAAAACCGAGCCGUCGUCCAAGAAGAAGUCUGGGCGCGACGGUCGCGGCCUGAACAUCGACGUCUUGUCGGCCCCUGGAGAAGAGAACAUUUUCUUUGCUAUUCCCAAGACUGACCAGGUCGACGUGGAGGCCGAACUCCGCCGGCGGAUGGACCAUGGUCCCGCGGUCGACGACGCCAGUCAGGGGAACUCGCAUGUGGACGAGGCAGAGGUCGACUCGAGGCUGUACAGCUAUUUUCUCCAAGGCGGCUGGUGGGGUGACAGGGACUCGAGCGGGGACUACGCGCCGCCUGCUUCUCGAAACCCGGAUGACGGCACCGACGACCAGGACUUUGAGGACACCACUAGCGUCAUCUCAACAACCGAGACCGCGAGCGAGCUUGACUGGGAGUCGGACCACGGCGAGGACGAAACGCUCGACGACGGUCAGCGCACCCCGACACAGAGCUGCCCGGCUCCGACGUCCUUCGGCUCGGCCGUAGCAUCUACCGUCGCCUCCCGCGAAUCUACCCCCCUUCUCGACACCCCUGUCGCAGCCGCCGAUCUUGCCCGGCUGCUCGACCCCCAGAGCCCUGAAGACCGCGACGAAGCCCGCGCCCUGGCCGCGCACCUCAGCAGCGAUGGCAUCGUAACCCGCUCCCGGUUCAGGCAACAACUGCAACGCCAGCGCACCCAAGUUCUGCUUACCAACAAGCAGGCCGUCAUGGCGCACACGGCCGGCCAGUUCGGACCCCACCCGCCAGAAAAGAUGACGCCCGAGGAAGAAGCCCGCGUGCUCGAGCAGCUCUUGCUCUCGCGCCGCCGCGCUGCAGCAGCGUCCAAAGCCGGACCGCGACCACCACCACCACUCUCACCCUCAUCCGCAUCCUCCUCCCCACCAUCAACCUCCGCCGCCGCCGCCAACUCGACCUGGGCGACGGGCGCCGCCGGCCUCGGCCCCGACGGCCCGCAGUGCGUCGUCUGCCAGAGCGCGCCGCGCACCAUCAUCGUCUGGCCGUGCCGCUGCCUCAGCCUGUGCGACGACUGCCGCGUCUCGCUGGCCAUGAACAACUUCGACAAGUGCGUCUGCUGCCGCCGCGAGGUCAUCAGCUUCAGUCGCAUCUAUGUGCCGUGAUUUUGGCUGGCAUUGGGGUUGAUUGGCGAGGCCGCGUGGUCGGGUGGUUGUGCUCUGCUGUGCUGGGCUGUGCUGUGGCUGAGCGUGAGGAGGGAGGGGGGUAGGUGUAGGUAGAGGUGGGUGAGGGACGGUAUACGAUGGACCUGCCGGCGUAGGGUAUAGGCGUGAAGAAGCGCUAGUAAUGAACGUACUGUGAGGGCAUUUUGUAGUACCUUUCGUUUUUUCUAAUUUUCUUUUUCUUUUUUUCUCCCGCUUUUUCUAGCAUUGGUACAUAAGUCGGAUGGGGCGGAUGGGUAUGCCAUGGCAUCGCAUCUUGUGAGUGCAUUGUUACUCAACAACUCGUUCACAUACUAGU